UAUAUAGUAGAAAGUAGAAACGACAGGAAAAUUAUAAGGAACAAAGAGAAAUUGCAGUAUCCAGUCAAAAUUGGGCGCGAUUUCUCGGAUCUACUGUAAUCGUCGCCGGUAAGGUCCGUCGGUAUUCUGGUCACCUUGUUUGAAGAAUUUGUGUUUUCUUUCUCUUCAAGACAUCUAUUCCAAUUCAAAGACUGGGAAUUCUACUGUAUGGCUUCUAGGCGGAAUAUUAAUUACAGUCGUCUCGCUGUGGAUGAAGAUGAUGACUAUUAUGGAAAUUCUGGCAAGCGAGCUGACCCUAGAUUUGAUUAUUCACCAAAAUCGUUAGAUAGAAUCCCCUGGAAAUCCAUUGCCCUUGCUCUUUUUCUGCUCUUUUUGGGAUGUCUGCUUCUCUUACUAUCCUACUUCAUCUUAUCUGGUCAUAUGGAAGGAGAGAGUUCCCAGGCUUAUGGUCUCCUUGGACUUGGAUUCCUCACUUUUCUCCCUGGUUUUUAUGAGACGCGGAUUGCAUAUUACUCUUGGAGAGGUGCUCAAGGUUAUCGAUUUACUGCAAUCCCUGACUAUUGAGGUCUUCACAUUUCAUGUAAACUCUGAAUGUAGUUAUAAUAGUUUCUGUAAUGAGUUUUGUGAUAGUUUUUAUUUCUAACACGCAUUUUGUCCUUUGCACUUCAAUUAACUUCUGAAUGUAAUUACUGGUUUUCAUAAUGAGUUCGAGUUUGAUGAGUUUGCAACA